AUGGCUGCCACCACAGAAGAAACCCCUUGGCACGCUGCCUUUCCCGCUCCCAAAAUCACAGCAGCAUCCAUCUCUCGCGACGACAUUCUCCAAUGGCUCCAGGGACAAGAGCACGUUGCCGGACGCGAUUUUGUGUUGGUGGAUGUGCGAAGGACUGAUUUUGAGGGCGGAACAAUCAAAGGCUCGCUGAACUUUCCGGCUCAUAGCUUCUAUCUUACCGUGCCGACGGUGUACGCUGUUUUAUCGGCGGCUGGUAUCAAAGAUGUAGUUUUCUAUUGUGGAUCCUCGCGAGGACGUGGACCUCGCACCGCCGGCUGGUUUGCGGACUACCUUGAGAGCCAAGGGAAUACUUCCAUUAGGGCUCUGGUGCUAAAAGGGGGUAUUAAAGGGUGGGUAGCAGCUGGAGACGAGUAUACUGCGCUGGUGAGCGGGUAUGAGGCGUCGGUGUGGAAGAGUGAACAAAGCUAA